AUGUCAACAGAAGAAGAAGGAUCGGAAGAGGACGAGCAGCAGGAGGCUCGACAAAGCAAGGAGUCAGGAAAGGUUCCCAAGGCGAAGGCGCAGACGGCGACCGUGGACCAGUUCUUCAAGAAAAAGCCGAAAGAGGAGGCAACAAAGGAGGCGGAGAAGCCCGCAAAAGCGAAGAAGGAUAAGGCAAAGGAAGAGGAGGAGGAGGAGGAAGCCAAGCCUAAAAAAGCGAAGAAGAACGAGGCAAAGGAAGAGGAGGAGGAAGCCAAGCCUAAAAAAGCGCAGAAGGAUGAGGCAGCAAAGGAGGAGAAGCCCAAAAAAGCGAAGAAGGAUAAGGCAAAGGAAGAGGAGGAGGCCAAGCCCAAAAAAGCGAAGAAGGAUGAGGCAAAGGAAGAGGAGGAGGCCAAGCCCACAAAAGCAAAGAAGGAUAAGGCAAAGGAAGGUGAGGAGGCCAAGCUCAAAAAAACGAAGAAGAAUGAGGCAGAGGAAGAGGAGGAGGCCAAGCCCAAGAAAGCGAAGAAGGAUAAGGCAAAGGAACAGGAGGAAGCCAAGCUGAAAAAAGCGAAGAAGAAUGAGGCAAAGGAAGAGGAGGAGGCCAAGCCCAAAGAAGAAAAGUCAGGAUCAAAAAGGAAGGGUGAAGGUUCCGCCAAAGUUGCAAAGAAGAGGAAAGGCAAUGCCCCCCAGUUGGCAAUCGAAGACCAGGAGGAGCGAAGCAAGCAGCCCGAGGAGAAAUCCAAAGCCAAGGCUACGAAAGAUGCAGGGGAGGGAAAGAGUGAUGCAAAGAGUGCAAACAAAACAAAGAAGAAAGAGAAGGGAGCCAAGCAGAAGAAGAAGUUGGCCAAGGCAGAGAAGAAGUUGGAAACCAUAAACUCCAGUACGCAUCACACAGAAUACUUGAGAUACAAACGCUGGAUCAAGAACCGCAAACGAUUCCCCCAGGCACUUGUUGGUAGGAUUGAAACGGAAGAUGGAAGGGCCAAUCUCUUCAGAGACUACAUAGAGGCCGGGGGGAAGGUGGAGCAGAUCCUCCUGAAGCACGAACAGAUGCUGUGCGAGCAGCAGAGGACGAUCAUCGAUCCGGAGUCACCGGAAGACAAGCUGUAUUUCGUGUUUGUCGAGAUCAAUAUCGAUGAUAUCCGCGAGCUGAAACGUAUAACGAAGCUGGAGUUGAGUGGAGGUGUAGAUUCAGAAACUCUGGCAGCCUUCACCAAGGCAGGUGGAGUCCUGGACCCAAAGGCACAGCUUGCGAGCGCAGAUGGAAAGGGCAGUCAAGCGGCCAUGAACAAAGCUUUGGAGCUGUCCCAGCUCAACAAGGGCACCGGAAGCAAGCAGAACAACCGAAAGAAAAACAAAGACAAGGGCAAAGAAGACGCGAAGGAGGUGAAGCCCAACGAGCCGAUCGAAGAUGCCAAGGCGUUGCAGCAUGUGGUUCUGAAAGAUUGCAACACUUGCCGGGAAAAUGCUUUCAAGCUGGCCCCGCUGAGAAUGUCGGGUCCACUUAUAUCACAGCUGAAGGCUGUGGAGGUGUCACUGACGGCAAAGGCCACAAUUCUGCAGAAGCUGAUUGCGAAGAAGAAGAACAAGAAGAAGCAUUAUAAACAGGUGACUGGAGAGGUUCAGGAGCUGCAGAAGUUGGCCAAAGAGCGAGUGGAUUUGGCCAAAGCCUUGAUUCGGGCUAGUGCAAAGUCAUCAAAGCCGGCCUCCCCGGGGAAAGGAAAGGAGGCCACGAAGAGAGGUCUUUUCAAAGGUGGUAUGCGAAAUGCUCGAAAAUUCCGAUGGGAGAAGUUGAACUUCCGCUUCGUCUGGAGAAGCCUGGUGGUGAUGUUUGUGAGUGGUUGGCGAUUUGCUUUCAGUGGUUGCAAAGGCGACUGGGAGGCGAAGGUCUACAUCCACAAGCUACAGAGGGGUGAUGUGACGCUGAGCGACUUGCAGAAAAAACUGCAGACGGAUGUGUGGAAACACUACAAAGCAUGGUGUCGCGAGAACGCUGUCGCUGCAUGUGGGCAUCGCUUCAGCUUGAUUCGUUUCGGAAAAGAGGCAUGGAACCAUGCCCCGGAAUUAGCGAGCUGCUACAAAGCCUACACGGUCAAGCAAAUGAUAUACUGGGCGCAUGCGUACUUGGUGGAUACGAUGCCUCAGUCACGACACGACCUCACAUGUGCUUCAUAUUCGAUGGCGAAGAUGCAGUUCAACAUGGAUAUAAGCGGGCCGUUUUUCCAGGAAGACCUAAAAAAGGAUACCGUUCUUAUGGGCCGCAGCUUCCUUGUGUUCUAUCAACGCCUUGCAGUUCAAAAUGCAAACUCUGCUCGAAAGAACUUCAAAAUCAUUCCAAAGCACCACUCCUUUCUUCACCUUAUGUUCUAUGUCGACCGUACAGCCCGGAACCCGCGGAGAUUUGGAUCUGACUUCGCAGAUAUUUCGGAUUGGUAUGAGCACUGCUAUCAAGACGAAGACUUGAUGAAGGAGAUUGGCCGCAUAUGCUCCAGCUGCCACCCUGCGACUAUGCAUUAUGUUACAUGCAAUCGUUACCGAGCUCUCCUCGAGUAUGGAGAAGUUUUUGAAAGGAAAACUGGCUGA